AUGUCUAUGUCUAUGCCUAUGCCAAUAUCUGUGCCUGUGCCUGUGCCUGUAUCUAUGCCUGCGCCUACGCCUGCACCACCUCCAGUGCUGGAGAAGCGUCAGUUAAAACCAAGUUACGUCAGAGCUUUUGUGCCUGAACUAGAACCAGAAGAGCAGCCAGCACCACGCAUGUUAAGAAAGCAAGGCGGUGGCUUUAGUAAUUACAAAAGUACCCCUAGAAACGAUCGAAGGAGAUCGGAAACCAAUUCCUCUUCCUCUUCUGAGGAACCUUAUGAAGAGGAGCCAAUUAUCACUAAUCGAGUGUCACAAUUACUGCACCACUAUAACACAACUACCAAACACAAUGAUUCACAAAACUAUGCCACUGUCCCUUCGGGACAUUACUCCUCACCUAUGAUAAAUCAUCGUUAUUCUGUGCCAAACAAUCGUUAUUUCCAAGGAGAACCGCAAGAAACUGUCAGCUCCAGGGUAUCCGCAAGGAGGCCUGAUAAGACGAUGUCAGCGGCGGAUUCAGCCAAACAAUUGCUGGCGUCCAUCCGGGAGCGUCGAAAGAGUGCCUUGAUUAUUGGAGAAAGUCCUAAAAUGGAAGGUCGCACUCGUUUUAUUAGUUCAUCAUCAACAUCACAACAAGAGACUCCGGACUUGCGCAGCCGUAUACAUGUACACCGUGAAUCUUUAUCAAAUCGUAGCGUCGGAAAUAAAUAUCAUUCGCCUACAAGCACAAGACGAUAUAAUACUGAAGACAUGCAAGCUUGUGCUUUGGAAACAGGCAACGAUGGACGUUUAACCUCUCGACUGCCACAAAGAACUUUAUAUCGCUAA